AUGGACAAGAAAACAGCAUUUCUGACCGGUGAACUUCCACGGCGAAUUUUGCAAUUUAGUCCGGAGCUAGACAGCGAAGGAACAUUUUCUGAUGUGAAGCUAACAACUCCCGACCAUCUGGAUGGAUUUAUGUCGACCAUUCACAAGAUGUCGUUUAAGUACGAAAGCAAGGAUUUGAGUGACUCGAGAACUCUAAAUCUGAUGGUUAAAGUCAUGAAAGGCAGUGAUGAGUUCCGUGAAUCAUCCAUGGGUAAAACCCAAUUCACGAAUGAAAUCUACAUCUACACGAAGGUGUUGCCCGUGUUCCGAGAGCUACUGCAAACGACCGGUAGCGGUCUAGCUGGAGACUGGUGUCCGAAGGUGUACUACGGAGAGGCGGGCAAUAUUCCUUCGUACAGUGAUCAGUACGAAACAAUACUCGUGCUGGAAGACAUUUCUCCACUUGGUUACAAAGCGGGACCUCGGUUGGAUCUGGAGGAAGAUCAUUUACGUCUGAUGGCACGGCAUAUUGCAUCGUUUCAUGCGUGCACGUACGCUAUGCGCAUCCAAAAAGACAAUCGGCUAUCCGCUUUGAUCGACGGGAUUGUUCCGUUGGAUUUUAUUUCCGGAGAUAAAAUUUUCACCAGCUACGAUGUGCUGCUAAGGCUGGGUGCAAAGCGAUUGUACAGGUAUCUGGAAGUACAUUCGGAUUUACUGGACAGUGAUGAUUUCAAGCAGGACAUCGACAAUUUACGCCAGCAGUACGAGGAAACUCCAAUACGUCUGAUGCAGGACUUGCUGCGUAGGGAUGAUGUGUUCUCGGUCAUUCUGCACGGCGAUUAUAACCGUAACAAUGUGCUGUUCCGAACUGAUGCUGAUGGAAACCCGAUAGCAUUGAAGAUGUUCGACUUUCAGGAGAAUCGCUUUGCAACACCAGUGAUCGAUUUGGCGUUUUUUAUGUACAUGAGCAUGACGGAGGAACUGCGCGAUCGUUGUUGGGAUGAGAUCGUGCUAGAAUAUCAUACCGCACUACUGGACAGUUUGGCGGCAAUUCUGAAUGUCUCAAAGGACGAUGCUUUGCUGGAUCCGUACCGUGUUGAGCCGUUUCUGGAACACUUUAAACGGCAUGCAAUGUACGGAGUUAUCAUAACGUUGCACUUUCUGCCCUGGAUGAUGUGUCCGGAGGAUGAAUGUGAGCAACUGUCGUACCAUUUUGCUCGAGAUGUACACUCGAAGGAGCUAGCCCACUGGACAAUGGUGUGCGGUGGCGAGGAGGUGGAUAAACGGCUGGUUGGUGUGCUGAAACAUGCCAGCCGGAAAGGAUAUUUUGAUAUAGUUAAGCAGUAAAG